UGGGUCCAUACCCGUGUACCGCGAGACUCGGCGGGGCUCAGUUGUACCGGCUACCCCGAAACCGCGGAGUGCUCCGACCCGAUCCGCCGAGAAUACCUCCCGAAAGAAAGGGCGACCGACGUUAGGCGAGGCGAGAGCGCACUGCGAGCCGAAGGAUAAAAAACGGCCCCCCGCAACAAAAAAACAACAAAAAAAAAAAACAACGGGCGAAUCGAAGGGCCCGAUAAAAACGCCCGAAAAAAGGGGGCGAAAAACGAUUCGAAAGGAGAUCGAAGAGCCGAAAGGGAGGGAAGGGCGAAAAGAAAAUCGCGCGGUUUCGCCCAUUAAUUGUUACACACGACUAUGCGUACGCGAUAUAAUAUGUGGUAAGGUGUGCGGUGGUGUAUCAAGUUGAAUUCGUUACGUGGACAACUUCGCUCGAUGUACGCAGGAUUUUAUUCGAGUUUUCUGUACGCUCGCACGUACGCGUGACGACAUGUAGAGCGAAACGAGGGUGAAGUAAAAAAAACUCCGGACGAGAGGGAUGAUCAUCGCGACACCGGACGCGUGUCGCACGGUACGUGAUCGCAUCGAAAGGGGGAUAAGUUUCGUUGAGACAAUGGAGACGCAAUUGUAGAAUGAAAAUCUACGAUAGAAAUUACAUCGGACAAUCAUUACUCCGGCGGUGAUGAUAACCUGCAAGGAUAACGGACGGAUAUCAUCGCGAUUUGAUGCGGCUGCGGUACGUGGCGAGUCAACGUUUCUCUCGAAAUAUCCAGCUUGCGGAAUAAGUUCGGAGCGACGAAGGAGCAAGAGGAGGAGGACGAGGAGGAGGAGCAGCAGCAGCAGCAGCAGCGAAAGACCGGCGGUGGUAGCGAUGACGAUGGUAAUCGAAAAAUGUGAAACGGGGAGGAAUCACGAACGUCCGUCGCGGGGAGUAUCAAACAGCGAUUGUCAGAGUUCGGCAUGUCCGGAAUCGUCGAAAAUCACGGGGAUCCACCGUCGUUGAAUUCGUUCGUCUCGUUAUCGCACGUAUAUGGAAUUGGCAUGGGAUGUAGUUGACGAUAUAAUAUAGUGCCGCUGAAGGGGAAGCGCGAAAGCGAGAGAAAGAGAGAGAGUAGAAAGAGAGAGAGAGAGCAAAGAGAGAGAGAGAGAGAGCGAGAAACGGCGCUAAGUCGAGGAUACAUUUGGGGGGUGGUGGUGAUGCGAAUGUCGACGAGAGCAUAACGUUUGUACGACAUGAACGUAACGACAAAUGUUAGCGGUUUUGCAACGCAACAUGGCAACGAUACACUGAACGUGACGUACGAGCCGUCGUCGUUGGACGUUGCGGUAGUCGUUGGUUCGUCGACGCGUUACACCGUGCUCGAGAUAGUAGUGAUAACGAUCGUCGCCGGUUUCCUGAGUCUGGCGACGGUCAUCGGCAACAGCAUGGUCAUGAUAUCGUUCAAAAUCGACAAGAGACUGCAGACCAUUUCCAACUACUUCCUCUUCAGUCUGGCCGUCGCCGAUUUCGCGAUCGGUCUCAUCUCCAUGCCGCUAUUCACCGUGUCCACGUUGCUCGGUUACUGGCCCCUCGGACCCUACAUAUGCGACACUUGGCUGGCCCUCGAUUACCUCGCGAGCAACGCCUCGGUACUAAACCUCCUCAUCAUCAGCUUCGACAGGUACUUCUCCGUCACCAGACCCCUCAAGUACAGGGCCAAACGGACGACCUUGAGGGCCGGGAUGAUGAUAGCUAGCGCGUGGGGGAUAUCGUUGCUGUUGUGGCCGCCGUGGAUAUUCGCCUGGCCUUACAUAGAGGGUGAACGCACGGUGCCCGACAACGAGUGUUACAUACAGUUCAUAGAGACGAAUCAUUACAUCACGUUCGGAACGGCUAUAGCGGCUUUCUACGUACCGGUCAGCGUGAUGAUAUUCCUCUACUGGAGGAUAUGGAGGGAAACGGAGAAGCGGAAGAAAGAUCUGCCGAAUUUACAGGCGGGGAAGAAAGACGCGAGCAAACGCAGCAACUCGAGGUACAUGCCGAAUAGCGACGAGGCUCUGGAUUUGGACGAAUGGAAGCGGCAACGAAGCGAGUCCAGUACCGGAGCCGAUGAAAUCAAUACGACCUACAUGACAUCGUCUUGCAUGGACGGUCGUUACGCCGAAUAUAAAAUGAAACACCGUCCAUUUUCUUGGAUCUGGUUGAAAUCGUGGUGCGUGGCGUGGUGGCACAGCGGAAGGGAAGACGAAGACGACGACGACGAUAUCGUCGGUGGCGAGAGCAGCAGGACGGGUCAGGGUUGGGAUGAAACAUUGACGCCGUUAUCAGCCGAAACGCCAUUACCUAGUAACAUGUCACGUUGUCCAUCUUUGAACGUAAUUCCAUCCACGGGCCUCUCAAUAGCUCGCAACAAUUCGCCAAGUUGUAUAGCCGUGCCGAAUUACGGAGGUAUUGCGGAAAAGGGUGGUGUUGGUGGGGUUGGUGGAGGUGGUGGUGGUAGAUUAACGACAAAUAGUACUUCAAACGAUUCGGUUUACACGAUAUUAAUAAGACUACCUACUGCAGACGGUAACGGCGAAGCCUAUGGUAGCGAUGUUCCUAGUAUAAAAAUGUACUCAGACGACAUGAUGGGGCUCCGAAUAAAUCACGCCGUCGAUAAUUUCGAAGACAAUUAUAAAUAUUCAAUAAAAUCUGGCACGGUCGGCCACGUGGACUGUCACAAUUUUACGGCACCGUCAUCGACAGCGUUGAGACGUCCUUCGCACAUAUCUGAGAUGAGGACAUCGGCGGUAUCAUCGUCAUCGUCGUCAGGACCUCUGAACGAAAAGAUAAUACAGAAGCACAUAAUUACCGGAAGCGGCGAGGGUGCUACCGGAUUGGGUGGUAGAGGUUUGCUCAAUAAAACGCCAAAUAAAAAGAAGAAAAAACCGCAGGAGAAAAAAGCCGACACAAAAGCUGCAAAGACGUUGUCAGCUAUAUUAUUGGCUUUCAUAUUGACCUGGACACCCUACAAUAUAUUAGUAUUGUUGAAACCGUUGACGGCUUGCGUCGGCUGUAUACCGCAAGAACUAUGGGACUUUUUCUAUUAUCUUUGUUACAUUAAUAGUACGAUUAAUCCUGUGUGUUACGCGUUAUGCAACGCAUCAUUUCGUAGAACAUACGUAAGAAUACUAACGUGUAAAUGGCAUAGUAGAGACAGAACUGCGGUUAAUCGAGGUUAUUACAAUUAAUUGAUUCGUUAUGCGGUAGAAUCGUGUUUAAAAGUCGGAGGAAAUUCGGAAAGAAGAAAGGGGGGGAGAGAGAGAGAAAAGGAAAUAAAUAUUACAACCGGAGCACACGUAACGAUUAUCACUUAAUCAUUCACAUAUACCCUAACGAAGAGGCGAGAAAAAUGGAAAAAAAAACUGAAAACUGAAAACGAGAGAGAGAAAAACAAAAAAAAAUACCAAAAAAAUAAAAAACUUGAAAAUUGAAAAAAAUAUAAUAUUAUGAGUAUAUAGUAGUCGUUGUGCAGUUGAUAUUUAUAUACAUAAACAAUAUUUCCUACCGUUGCCAAAAAUGAAAGAAAAAUAAAAUAAAAAAUAAAAUAACAGUAAAACAA